ACCACCGCCCCGGGCGCGCGGUCCGACAGCGCGCGCGGCUCCCGCGCUGCCCACCGAAUUCCCGGGAAGGAGUGCGGGGGUCUGCGGCGCCGCCCGGGGGUUGUCACGUGGCCGAGACGAGGUGGAGCUCCGCUUCAAGGGCGGCUCUUCCCCUCCCCACCAACCUUUAGGCUUUAAGCCGGAGAAAUACCCGCGAGCUUUCCUUCCCGCUCCGCUCCCUUCCACGACCGCCCUUCCCGCUUUAAUCAUCGGGCUAAAAGACGGAUCCGGCAGAGAGGAGUUCUCAGAUUUGCCGUGCCCACCAGGACCCUAUGGGAAAGCAUAACUUGUCGGGUGGCACACAGGCGGGGGCCGGGGAGCACGAGGCUUGCCUGGCUCUGCCUGAAGGGGAGUCCCAGCAACAGCGGCUGUCAGUCCCUGGACUGCAGGCUGCUUCCCCGGUGAGAGCAGAAAGCUGUCGGCCGGGUUCCUCACCCAUGACCAAAGACUGAGCGCUUUUCGGUUGUUCAGUUCAAGGGAAUGAAGAAUUCAGAAUAAUUUUGAGAAAUGGAUUCCAAUAUGGAGAAUAAAAAUAAGUUGAGUCUUUGACCUGCUUUGAGGAAACAUAUUGUCCAUUUGUCUAAAGUCAUCUGUAAUAGCCAAACCAGUCAAAAUGAAUUCAACGUUAUUUUCCCAGGUAGAAAAUCAUUCAAUCUAUUAUAAUUUUUCAGAGAAGAAUUCCCAGUUUUUGGCUUUCGAAAAUGACGAUUGUCAUCUGCCCUUGGCCAUGAUAUUCACGUUAGCUCUUGCCUAUGGAGCUGUGAUCAUUCUUGGGGUCUCUGGAAACCUGGCCUUGAUCAUCAUCAUCUUGAAACAAAAGGAGUUGAGAAAUGUCACCAACAUCCUGAUUGUGAACCUUUCCUUCUCAGACUUGCUUGUUGCUAUCAUGUGUCUCCCCUUCACGUUUGUCUACACGUUGAUGGACCACUGGGUUUUUGGUGAGGCAAUGUGCAAGUUGAACCCUUUCGUACAGUGUGUUUCCAUCACUGUGUCUAUCUUCUCUCUGGUCCUCAUUGCCGUGGAACGGCAUCAGCUGAUCAUCAAUCCACGGGGCUGGAGACCAAGUAAUAGACAUGCUUACGUAGGCAUUGCUGUCAUCUGGGUCCUUGCUGUGGCUUCUUCUCUGCCCUUCCUGAUCUACCAAGUAUUGACGGAUGAACCGUUCCAGAAUGUGACCCUUGAUGCGUUCAAGGACAAGUACGUCUGCUUUGAUAAAUUUCCAUCAGACUCUCACCGGUUGUCUUACACCACUCUUCUCUUGGUGCUGCAGUAUUUUGGCCCACUCUGUUUUAUAUUUAUUUGCUACUUCAAGAUAUAUAUACGCUUAAAAAGAAGAAACAACAUGAUGGACAAGAUGAGAGACAGUAAGUACAGGUCCAGCGAAACCAAAAGAAUCAACGUCAUGCUGCUGUCCAUCGUGGUGGCGUUUGCGGUCUGCUGGCUGCCGCUCACCAUCUUCAACACUGUGUUCGACUGGAAUCAUCAGAUCAUUGCUACGUGCAACCAUAAUCUGUUAUUCCUGCUCUGCCACCUCACAGCCAUGAUCUCCACCUGUGUCAACCCCAUAUUUUAUGGCUUCCUGAACAAAAACUUCCAGAGAGACCUGCAGUUCUUCUUUAACUUUUGUGAUUUCCGGUCUCAGGAUGACGACUACGAGACCAUCGCCAUGUCCACCAUUCACACGGAUGUUUCUAAGACGUCUCUGAAGCAACCAAGCCCAGUCAUGCUUAAAAAGAUCCACAGUGAUGAUAAUGAAAAAAUCUGAACCUGCCAUAGCAUUUGGUCCCAGGUGACAUCUGCUUAAAACCAAGCACAACCCGCAAAGACUUUAAUUCCCUGUUCUCCCAAGGAAUAGGGUUGAAAUCAUUGAAGAAAGAUCAAGAUUUUCUUGUCUUGCUUUUUACUGCUUUUGUAGUAGCUGUCAUAAUUAUAUUUGGAACAAAACGUGUGGGCUUUGGAAUCUUCUGGUGAUGGUUUUGACCAGACAUCUUUGAAGUGCUUUUUUUGUAAACUUAUGCAUAGAAUAGAAAGGCUUUUAUAUUGUAUUUAUUAGAAGGAAAUUUCUUUAAAGUAUUACUGUUCACUGAUUUCAGAAGCACUACACCUGAUGCUCUCGCUUGAUUGGGCCAUCCUUGUUCGAUGAGAUCGUCAGUAGAUUGGGCAGUCCUGUGUAAGGCUAGGCGUCAAGCUUCAGCCUGUUACAGAGGUGAUGGCAUGCAAAAGCAGCAUUCAGGGUGUGAGCUAAAAGAGAGUCUGUGUCCUCUAUGCCUAGUCGGAAGUCAUUCAAAAGUGAUUUGCAUUUUUUUGAAAGUUUAAGACAGGAUUUCAUUUGCUCCUAAUUGAUUAUCACGUAAGAUAAAAAAUACAUUUAAAAAUACUUCUCAGCUGUGAAUAUCUUGGGGAAUUGGGCCACCCACAAGGAUUAAGUGGGACAGCAGUUCCCUAACUUUAAAACUAUUUUGGUACCUGACAACCAAAUGAUUUCAGAGCAGUUCGUUUAACAAGUAAAUUAGUAUUGCUGCAUAUCGUUGGAUUAUAUUUAUUUGAAUUGAUGGUCAAGAGGCUUUCCAUUCUUCACAGACUGUUCGGUGUUUGUCAAGCUUCCUAGCAUAAAUACACACGUAAUUCAGAGGCAUUUAUUUCCAGCUUACAAUAUAUAUAACCACAAAGUGUAUUUUCUAUACAUCAGUGCCUAUAUACUAACUCAUUUUUAACUUUCAAUGUCCAUCUUUCAAAGGACACCAAGGUACAGUGUUGAAAGAAUGCCCACCCUGGGUAGCAGGGGUAAAUACAGGAAAACUGAGGACACCUCACGUAGCUCAUCUUAACUUGUGUGAACUGUGUGCCUGUGGAAUCUUACCAAUCAUGCACUAUGUACUGAGGGGUUGUGUCAUGUUAAUAUACUUCAUUUCAUGUACCCUGUAAUCAUGAUUGAGCCUCAGAAUCAUUUGGAGGGAAGAUAUUUUAAAGAACAAGACAUAUCUUUGAUGUAUUAUACAGACAUAGUAUUAAAUGUGUUUGAUUUUAGAAGGGCAGGCAUUUUCUUUAUUAAAAUUGUUUCUGCUUUUUCUGAAUAGUCUCUUUUGUGACUCUCUUUAGCUUCUUCUUUUUUUUUUCUUUUCCUUUUUUAGCCCCUUGUCUUCCCUCCCAUGAAGUUCUGCAGCAUCCUCUGUCUGCUUGCUGAUGAAGCAUUUUCUACCCUAUGGUAUAACCCUUGAUGGUCCAGCCUCUCUCCUUGGCUUCCUGAAGCUUCAUGAAGGCAGAGACUGUUUUACAUGAUUCUGUGUCUCAGUGCAUUUAGCAAAGUGCCA